AUGGGGCUGUUCAUUGCCUGGCAGGCGGCGUACGAGUUGACGCCGGGGUCCUUUUUGCCGCCCCUCUCCGUCGCCCUGCCGCCCGGCGUGCCACCCGCGCCGCACCUGGAGGACUGCACGGCGCGCACGGCGGCCAGGGCGCGCACGGAGGCGCGGGGGGAGGGGGGGGAGGCGCCCCCCUGGACCGCGCCGUCCCCGUGUUGCGGAUGCGCCCCCCAGCCACCCUGGGUACGAGGUGACGACGCGUCCAAUCUCCCGCUGACUCGUGUCGCCCAAACGCACAUCUGGCAGCACCAAUUCCCCCCUUCGUGCGACCACCGCCGCCUGCUGCUUGCUGAUUGGCCCCAACUGAAUGCUGACAUGGCAGCAGGCAGCAUGGGGGCCAUGGGGGAUAUGGAGGGGUUGGUGGGGGAGGUGCAUGUGGUGGGGGGCCUGCUGGGGCUGGCAGUGCUGUUCAACCGCACGCUCCUUGUCACACCCAGCUCCUUCCCCCAUGCCAACCACUCCGCUUGCUCCGAGUCGCUGGCCUGUUUCUUUGCCCCCAUCGCCGGGCCUUUCUGUGAGCAGGCAGCAGCACACGCCAUGGCCGCCCACCCGCCCGUGCGCGCCCUCGCAUGUGCCUCCAGCGCCGCCGCCCAAGAGGCCGCUCAGGACGCUUCGCAGGGCUUGGAUGAGCUGGAAGCCCUGCUGACGUCAGCAGAUCCGGUGGCAGUGAGGUGCGGCUGUGAGCGAGGCAUCCCAGUGGGUGGAGGUGGCGGGGGUGGUGCCGCCACACGACGCACACAAGGAGCAGGUAGGCCAUGGCCGUGCAUGCACCCAUCAUCGGCGUACAUGCGUGCAGCUCGCCUCUCAUUGCCCUCAAUCAAUGUCUGGAUCCACCCCCUCAUUCCCACAUCCCUCUCCCCGCCCCUUCCGUUUGCCUCCCUUCAGUUGCACUGGUGGCGAUCCCAGGCCGUCCGAUUCCUCUUCCGCUGGCCAUCUGCUCACCUCUGCCAUGUCACCAACCUUAUCCGCCACAUCAGCUACGGCCGUUACAUCGCUGCUCAGAUGCACUUCGCUGCCCAGCAGCAGGCUGCCAUCAUCCGCUCUCUCUCUGCUGGCCCGUCCGAGGCUGACAAGAGCGUUGGAAUCGAUACGGCUGCCGAAGCCAAGUUCCUAGCCUCGGUAGACAUCAGGUCCGGGCCAAGCCUGGAGGGUCGGGUGUGGCUAGCGUUAGGGUUUGAAGGAUGUGUGAAGACAAAGGAGGAGGCAUGGGGAGGGGGUGUGAUUAUAGACGAGGUCUAUGAGGGAGUGGGGCGAGAGGCAUACAUCAUGCGGCCUGUAGUGAGUGUGCAUGUGAGUAUGGGCGGUGGUGGGGAAGCUACAGGCAAUAGUGGUGGUGCAGACCCCAACACCACGCUGCCAGCAGCAUCACCCCCCCAGCCAGACGUCCCCGCACUCAUGUUCUUGGCCCAUCGCCUGAGGCGCCACGUGCCACACUUGCGUCACCAUGCCGUGCCAUGUGACCCUCACUCCACUUCUGGUCCACUGUUCAUGCUUCCUGACGUGGUACACUCUUGUUUCGCAUGCGUCUGUGUGCAGGAUGUGAGCAAUGAGCUCUCGGAGCACCAAGACUGGACGUUUCACAGUGCCGUAGGGAGCAUGGGUGGCCAUGAUGGGCAAUCACUGCCUUCUGGCUUGGAAGGCAGCCUGGGUAGCCCAAUGGGUGCCACAGCAAGCAUGCUCUCUCAGCUCCUCAUUGCCUCUGAAUGUGAUUAUUUUGUGGGCGCACUCAGCUCCUCCGGUGUACAACUGUUAAACGAGCUCAGAAGCACAAAUGGGAGACUACUGUCUGGAUUCAUUUCGUUGGAUCAACUUUAG